AACACCCUAGUAAUAAAAAAUAGACCUAUAAAUCCAAUACCGAUAAUUAACCCACGAAAGUUUCCUGUGCAAAAAAUCCUCGCUUUAGGAACAGGGCCGAAAAUUUACAUCUCGUGUAAUCUGCUCCUAGGUAAUUAUCAGCGAUUCCUCAUCGGUACCGGGGGGGAUGUGUGCCUCAUCAAUGCAUCCGCUUUAAAACCCGAAGCAACUAUCGAUAUUGGAAAAGCUCGAAGAUUCCGUGGUCUCAGCGACAGUACCUUUCAGACCGUAGGGAUAGUUAAAUUAAAAAUUCUCAAUAUCGAAGUCGAGUUUCAAGUUUGUCGCGAGGAUUUACCAUUCCCCGGAACAACAUCCUUUAGCCUUGAAACAAAGCCUUCUUCAAGCUACACAUUACCACCUCUUAUGAAAAUGGUAGUAGCAGUGCCUGUCCAUGAUUUCGAAAAGAGUGAGGGAUACCUUCCUCGAAUGAAUCUUCCGGAUGGAGUGCUCGGAGGAGAGGCCGUUGUUAAAGUAGAGGAUGGCUAUGCUACUUGCAUGGUUAUUAAUCUUAAUUCAAAUCCAGUUGACAUAGACAUUGGACCCCAAGCACUCGAAGAGUUCGAGUUCAGUCACCCUAGCUCAGAUGAGGAUGACGCAACUGUCACCGAAAGACAAGCGAAAUGGCGCUCUAAAUUAAGUAGAUAUAAAUUUAAUGUCGUAGUCCGUCACAAAAUUACCGAGCAAUACGCGGAAGGGCUCUCGUAUAACACAGAAGGUCGUCCUGAACCUUCAGGAAACCCGAUAAAUAAUAACACCGAAAACAAUCCUCUAGCGUUACCGAUUUCUGCUAUACCAAAAUCAAAAGGAUCGGGUAAGAAACUCUCUGACUCGGAGGCGAUUCAAGCGGUCAAAUGCCCCGGUCGCCCUCCGAAAUCUAAAAAUCGACCAAGAGUCAGCAGUGCUCCCGAAGUGAGAGAAACAAUAGCCUCUCGUCUUAGA